AUGAAGUGCUCGUACGCAUCGGGCAGGGCAACCGAGCCUGUGCCCUUCGGUUCGGGAUCGGAAGAGCUCGGCGGUCCGGAGGUCCCUGACUGCGGAUUUCGAAGCGACAGGUCCAGAGCUGAGUUGCUCGACGAUGAACUCGUUGGUGUAUUUGAGGAUUGCUGCCCUAGCGUUCGCCCCUUGGACAAGCUGACUGGCUCGAAGGAACCUUCGUCAACCAUCAACAGUGUUACGCCAGCGACACUGACACUGUUGCCCAAGACCCCAUCGAUUUCUUCGUCCGAGACCCCAUCCUUGUUUGGAACGUAA